AAAAUACCAGACAAACUCUUAAACUUGCACGCAAAGUCCUCCGUCUCUGAUAGGCUCACUAGUCCCUCUCAUUACAACAACUCUAGGAAACCAGAACUCACCCGAAAAAACAAAAGCUCCAAUAAACUAAAGAAAUAAUUAAACACCAAACUAGAAAUGGCGCAAUUUCUGUAUACUAUUCCCAUUAUCACUACAUCGCAAGUAAAAACAAUUCCUUUCUUUUCCCUCAGAACCCCAAAAAAGCAGCUGUCCAUAACGGGCUCACAUAGAAGAACCAGGAAUGUGAAUUUCUCUCCUUUAGGUGUUGCAGUUUCUCCAUCAGUGCCGGCCUCAGAUCGAGAAACUGCGACACGAGAGGAAGAAGAGUUCAGAUCAGUUGACGAUGCGUUUGGUGAGGAGGGUGGGGAUUCUAAGUUCUCUUGGGGGGAUCAUUGGUACCCAGUUUCGUUGGUUGAAGAUUUGGAUCAAAACUUGCUCACACCGUUUCAGCUUCUGGGUAGAGACUUAGUUCUUUGGUUCGAUUGCAAUAAGAAAGAGUGGGUUGCUUUUGAUGAUAAAUGCCCGCAUAGGCUUGCCCCCCUAUCUGAAGGGCGGAUUGAUGAAAAUGGGCACUUGCAGUGUUCAUACCAUGGAUGGUCCUUUGACGGGUGUGGAUCCUGCACUCGGAUUCCUCAGGCAGCAUCUGAAGGUCCUGAAGCUCGUGCGGUUCAGUCUCCUAGAGCUUGUGCUACAAGGUUUCCUACAAUGGUGUCUCAAGGUCUGCUUUUUGUUUGGCCAGAUGAGAAUGGUUGGGAAAGAGCCAAUGCUACCAAACCCCCAAUGCUGCCUGAUGACUUUGACAAACCUGAGUUCUCAUCGGUGACAAUUCAACGUGAUUUGUUUUAUGGCUAUGACACUCUCAUGGAAAAUGUCUCAGAUCCUUCCCAUAUUGAUUUUGCUCAUCACAAGGUUACGGGAAGAAGGGAUAGAGCAAAGCCAUUGCCAUUCAAGUUGGAAUCUAGUGGUCCUUGGGGCUUUGCUGGAGCAAAUGAUGGGAACCCCAGGAUUAGUGCCAAGUUUGUUGCUCCAUGUUAUUACAUCAACAAGAUAGAGAUAGACACAAAGCUCCCAAUAGUUGGUGAUCAAAAAUGGAUAAUAUGGAUAUGUUCCUUCAAUGUACCAAUGGGACCUGGGAAGACUCGUUCUAUAGUUUGUAGUGCCCGCAACUUCUUCCAAUUUACAAUGCCAGGGCCUGCAUGGUGGCAGGUGGUUCCUAGAUGGCAUGAGCAUUGGACUUCAAACAAGGUCUAUGAUGGAGACAUGAUAGUUCUUCAAGGCCAAGAAAAGAUCUUUCUUUCCCAGUCUAUGGAGGGCUCUGAGGAUGUGAAUAAACAAUAUACAAAACUUACAUUUACACCCACACAAGCAGAUAGGUUUGUGUUGGCAUUUCGAAAUUGGUUGCGACGACAUGGCAACAGUCAACCUGACUGGUUUGGCUCUAGCAGCCAACAACCAUUGCCUUCAACAGUCUUGUCAAAACGGCAGAUGCUGGAUAGAUUUGAGCAGCACACACUUAAGUGUUCGUCAUGUAAAGGAGCGUAUUCAGCAUUUCAGACAUGGCAAAAGUUUCUAAUGGGCGCUACCAUUGUAUUCUGCGCAACUGCUGGGAUUCCUUCAGAUAUGCAGUUACGGGUAGUUUUGGCAGGGCUUGGGAUUAUAAGUGCCGCCUUGGCUUAUGCUUUGUAUGAACUCCAAAAGAAUUUUGUGUUUGUUGAUUAUGUACAUGCUGAGAUUGAGUAGAUAGACAGAAUAUGUGCUGGUGAUGAGCUGAUGAAAGGAGGGGCGGACCUGCCCAGCCCCAAUAAAAAGUAAAAUAGGAAUAUAAAGUCAUUUGUUAUAUUUUGAAUAUAACCACACUAUAUAUUUUGAAAUGAGUCAUUUGUUACACCGCAAAAGUGAAAGUAAAUGUAUGUGUAUUGUUGGA